UUAUACAGCAUGGAAGCUCUAAAUUCCGAAGUAUAAAAACAGUCAAACGGACCUCAUGAAAAUCCCACGCCAUUUUCAUUUUUGACAACACAAAAUCAGAGCAAAGAAUAGAAGCUUGAUACCGACGCUGAGAUAAGGCGGUGAAAAUGGUGAACUACAUGCUAAUGAUAACCGCCGAUCUCGAUAGCAUCACCAACCUCCAACCUCAGGGCGGUUGCGACGAUGCUUCUUUCACUUACCUCUUCAAGUUGAAAUGUGGAAGGUGCGGAGAGGUAUCCCAGAGGGAAACAUGUUUAAGCUUGAAUGAAACUGUUCCUCUUCCUAGUGGCAAGGGAACUGCUAAUCUUGUUCAGAAGUGCAAGUUCUGUGGCAGAGACGGAACUGUGGUAAUGGUGCCAGGCAAAGGUAAACCACUGAUGAUUGAGUCGAGUGAGAAAGGGGAAUAUACGCCAGUGAUGAUCUUUGACUGCAGGGGUUAUGAGCCUGAGGGUUUUGUUUUUACUGGUGAAUGGAAAGCUGAAUCUAUUGCUGGGACAAAAUUUGAAGGCAUUGAUUUGUCUGGUGAUGAAUAUUCUGAAUAUGAUGAGAAGGGGGAAUGCCCAGUCAUGAUAUCUAACCUGCGUUCUCAAUUCGUUGUUGUGAAGUAGAUCCUGCAUAUGUUUGUCUUGAUAUAUAUAUAAUAGAACUAACUGAUCUCUUCUACUGAAAGUGUAUCUAUUGCGCAUGGAACUAAUGUCUGCUAGUUUGGUUUUAUUUUUUCAAGUCUGGAAACACAUAUAGUGUGUUCCAUGCUGUUCACUAAUUAACAAGUCAUCCUAUUUUGGGAUGUAAAGGUGCAAUAUGUUAUCUGUCUGCACAUCAUACCAUCAUAAUAUGGCCAUACAUGUUGCAGAGCAUUCUAUUUUCAGGAUCUUAGUGUUUUUUUUGUAUUCUAAAUGUACUUGAAUUAUUUCCAUCACACUUUAUUUUUGUUGUACGGAAAUGGAAAUGAUGAUUUGGAGUUCAUUUAAA